AUGAAAAGAAAUUUACGAAUAUUAGUAGCAUCGCUUACUUUUUUUACUUAAUAUACAAAAGCCCAAACUUUUUGUUAUGAUUGCCUUUAGUAAAGCACAAAGAAAGUUUGUUACGUGGGGCCAACAUCAGCUAAUUGCUGCUCAGGGGCUGAUUGCUUUGCUUCAGCAACUACAGGAAAAACUGAGUCUUUUUGCUCAGACAAGGCAAAGACUACGUCAAUGAGGUAUAUGUUUUGUCCUUACGACUCCAGCUCAUGUAUGGCAAGUGAUCCUUAUCUCAUAAGUGUGAUGGAUGCCUAACAAACUAUGUAUACUCCAGUCUCAAGUUUCUAAGCCAAAGAGUAUUGUUACUGGGCUGUUGCUCCUCCUAAUGAAUACUAAGUUGAUGUUAUUUUGAAGAUUAGAAUAGAAACUCUUUAUCAAGCUGACUGCUAUUUAAAUUUUGGAGGCUCUAUUACUACAGCUGAUUAACAAACAUAAUGUGUCGAAGGAUAAACAUAUGAGUUUAACUAUUUUGAAAAAGGCCAAGUUUCUAAUAUCUAUAUAGUGUCAGUUGCAAAAGCUGAUAAUGCUCAUAUUAGAUUUACAUAUUGGGCAGAGGCAAAGUUAUCAUUUGCCUCUUUAAUAGGCAUAAUUACAUCUGGAAUAGUAUUUCUGACUUUAUUAAUCUUAUUGAGUCUCUUUUUCUUUAUUGACUUCACAAUCAAAAUAAGCUUAGGUCCCACUGUGGACAUAGUUAGAGAUCAAUUUACAAAUACUAUAGAGAAAAUUGAGCCAGGAACACUAAAUGAUGGGCCUAAGGAAUCUCAAAGUGACUUGAGUCGAUUGAAUUUAAUGAAGAAUGCAUGA